AUGCCACCUUCAUUCUUUAUUGCAAUGAAAUCAACUAUUUCCCUAAUACUGAACAUUUUCGUCAGAUGUGCGAGAGUCUGUGACGCGUCAUAUAUUGGAGAGACUGGAAGGCGAUUCGGGUUUCGCCUUGGGGAGCACCGGAAAGACACCGAAAGACAAGAGGAAAAGAAGUUCACCCGAUCAGAGAGGAAGCAGUCGGAGUCCCAGAUAAACAAAUCGGCAAUCACUUACCAUGCCAUGCAGGAAAACCAUGUGAUUGACUGGGAAAACUCAAAGGUGCUCGAUAGGGAGAACCAUCUUCUGAAGCGACAGAUCAAAGAAGCCAUCUGGAUACGCCGCAGCGGGGCAGUUCUGAACCGAGACGAGGGGGCUCAUAGACUCUCGCACAUCUAUGACCAAUUACUCUGUCUGUGCAUUGUUGCUGUACCAAUUACAAGUGAUACGGACAUUACUCCGGAAUCUUUCUUAUCUCUUCAGGAACAGGUUCAGACACUGUUGGUCGCCUUCCAGAGUCAGCAGCAAACGAUUGAACAUCUAGAGAGACGAAUCGAGGAGGUUGAGACGGAAAACUUGGAGCUAAAACUUUCAGACGAUGGAGCUGCACGUGCGAGUGUCGGAUUCUCCGCUUCAUUAUCCACAACCGUUGCCCUUGGUGAUAGCCAAACUAUAAUGUUUGACACUAUUAUUUCCAACGAUGGCAAUGGCUAUGACUCGAGACAUGGUCACUUCACCGCUCCAAUAACUGGCCUUUAUGCUUUCUCCGUAACUGUUAUGUGUCAUGGAAGCGAGUCAAAUCUUCACACCAGUAUCGUCAAGGACGGUCAAAUCAUAGGUAAAUGCUUUGCGAAUGGUUACAGUUCGGAUAAUGGGAGCAAGCUUGUUGUUGUACAGCUUCAGGCCGGACAGAUGGUUUGGGUGGAACACGCGGUCGACCCGUCUGGAUACAAGAUAUAUGGCGACGAAUACAGUUCCUUCUCCGGGUUCCUCGUACAGGCUUAUUAA